UUAGCUCUAGCAAAUUGCUGGAGCUGCCUUCACUCCCCAAAGUGUCGAGAGGCAGGGAGCCGCGGCUGGCGGGCUCUCUGGCAGUCACCAAACUAUUUCGUCCCUUGCUACCAUAGGAUUUCUGCUCGCUCUCCUCUUGAGCAAAUAGAAACUGUCUCAGGAUAGGUUCCAACCUGACUUUUUCUCUCUCUCCUCCUCCUCCCCUCCCCCGCUCCUUUUGCCUUCUGGCAUCGGAUCUCUGAUUCUGCUGCAGCCUGAAUCUUGCAAACAGCUCGACUGUCGGUGUGGGGGCUGCUGUCUGCUUGGCAGCAGGGAGCAUUGGCAGCCAGGGGUCGUGCUCUGGGCAAAGGGAAGAAGAGAAACUUGCAGUAUCGGCGGCCAGAGACCCCCUCCAUCCUGUCCCCGGAGACCUCGGGCACCUAGUGGGGGCUGCCUCUUCUCAGCGGUGGCAAUAACAAGGUCGGGGAGGGAAAAGUUCCUCCUACUGUUGUUGUCUCGGGUUUGGAGGAGGCGCAGUGGUUUUGCUCACUAGGAAGUGGGAAUUGUUUUGAAUCCAGCUAGGAGAGGGGUCCCGACGCGCAGGGAAAUCACCAUCAGCAAGCCUCCGGAGGGGGCUCUAUCUCACGGCGAAGAAGACCCCCUUUUCCCCCGAGCCCUUCACAAUUUGACCAGAAGCUCAGGACUUUGCAACGCACUUUGCAGCCCGAGGUGCAACUGAUUUGAUUCUUUCCAGUUUUGCCUUGGUUUUGGACUAAGAUCUGCUUGGCCCGGCAGCCAAGGAAGAGCUCCGGAGCGAUACUGGGAACAUUGCGCUGCCCCCUCCCCAUCUCCUCCCAUUUCUCCUCCUCCCCCCAUCUUCCUCUUCUUUCCCCGGUACAUGAAAUCAGAUCCAAAUAAAAAGGCGACUUAAUUCCGCUGUGAUUGUGGUCUGCAGCACUUCUCCUUUCUUGCCCCCCUUCUUCCUAGCCCUCCUUCCUCAGUCAAUCCUGCAGCUCAAAGGAAGAAGCUCUGGAAGAAUAAAUUCGGGGGGAGGGCGAAGGGGGAGGUGUCCGCGCUAUGGCGAGGUUAAGGAAAGCCGAGCUGGCCACAGCUGGAGUUGUAUUACUUUGCCACUUUUUAAUGGACCGGUUUCGGUAUGCGGAAGGGGAGACCGUAAAUCAAACCAAUGAUGUGCUUUAUGAAGUUGGCCAUGGCUUUUCUCAUGGAGAAGAGGAAGUAGAUAUAGACUCAAAUGUGUACAGCCACAGGUGGAAAAGGAACUCUGAGCCACUCAAGUCAAUUGACAGCAAUCGAGCAAGUAUGGGUCAAGAUUCAUCAGAACCCAGAGGCUUCACAGAUCUGCUCCUUGAUGAUGGACAUGACAACAACACACAGAUUGAGGAGGAUACAGAUCAUAAUUACUAUAUUUCCAGGAUAUAUGGGCCAUUUGACUCUGCCAGCCGGGAUUUGUGGGUGAAUAUGGACCAAAAGGAAAAAGAUAAAGUGAAGAUUCAUGGGAUUUUGUCCAAUACCCAUCGGCAAGCUGCAAGAGUGAAUCUGUCCUUCGAUUUUCCAUUUUAUGGCCAUUUUCUACGUGAAAUCACUGUGGCAACUGGGGGUUUUAUAUAUACAGGGGAAAUUGUACACCGAAUGCUAACAGCCACACAGUACAUAGCUCCUUUAAUGGCAAAUUUUGACCCUAGCGUGUCCAGAAAUUCAACCAUCAGAUACUUUGAUAAUGGCACAGCACUCGUCGUCCAGUGGGACCAUGUACAUCUUCAAGACAAUUACAACCUAGGCAGUUUCACUUUCCAGGCUACUCUCCUCAGUGAUGGGCGCAUCAUUUUCGGAUACAAAGAAAUUCCUGUGUUGGUGACCCAGAUAAGUACAACAAACCAUCCAGUGAAAGUGGGAUUGUCUGAUGCAUUUGUAGUUGUCCACAGGAUCCAACAGAUUCCCAAUGUUCGAAGGAGAACAAUUUAUGAAUACCACCGGGUAGAACUCCAAAUGGGGAAGAUUACCAAUAUUUCGGCUGUGGAGAUGACCCCACUACCUACUUGCCUCCAGUUUAAUAGCUGUGGACCUUGUAUUUCUUCUCAGAUUGGGUUCAACUGUAGCUGGUGUAGCAAACUCCAAAGAUGCUCUAGUGGAUUUGAUCGACACCGGCAAGAUUGGGUAGACAGUGGUUGCCCUGAAGAGUCCAAAGAGAAGAUGUGUGACAGCAUAGAGUCAGGUGAAACAUCUUCCCAGACAACCACAACUGUGCAAUCAACAACUACACAAUUCAAAGUUUUAACCACCACCAGAAGAAUAACUUCACCACAGUUACCAACCAGCCUCCCCACAGAAGCCUCUACUGAUGACAGUGCAGCAGAGAAAAAAGAUGGAGCUCUUCAUGCUGGUCUAAUUGUAGGGAUCCUCAUCCUUGUCCUCAUCAUAGCAACAGCCAUCCUUGUGACAGUCUACAUGUACAACCAUCCAACAUCAGCAGCCAGCAUAUUCUUCAUUGAGCGGCGUCCCAGUAGAUGGCCAGCUAUGAAGUUUCGAAGAGGCUCUGGACAUCCUGCAUAUGCUGAAGUUGAACCUGUUGGAGAAAAAGAAGGUUUUAUUGUAUCAGAGCAGUGUUAAAAUUUCUAGGACAGAACACCAGUACUGGCUUACAGGUGUAAGACUUUAACUUUGCCUAUAUCUUUAAAAAAAAAAUUAAAAAACAAUGAAAAAAAUAAAGGCGCCCUAAGCUGCUGUAGCCUGAACAAGAAAUGAUUCUGGAUCAGCCUUGCCCAAGAAAGCUGGGGAAAGGAAUUUGCAAAAACACCAGAUUAUUCUGUGCAGUAGUUUUCUUUAAUGGAAUGACAUACAGUUCACUUAGAACAUCCCCAGCGGACUGGUCACCACUCUGAUAUGGCGUCAUGCUGUUGGCUUAGGUGUGGGGUUGCGGAAGAAUCAAGGGAAGAAAUAAAGCUUUAGUUCACAAGGGUUCUAUCCCCUUUGGUUCAUAUAUAUUCUGGGGUCUCAAAGGUAAUAGGUUUUGCAAAUUAACAAGGCUUUGUUUUGUUUUGUUUUGUUUUUAAGGAAAAGACAAUAAUAUUUUAAGCUGGUAGGACAAAACCAAUUCAUGCAGGCAAAAUUACAUGUAAAAUAAGCAAUUUCUAAUCUUCAAAAAUGAAAAAUGGCAAUAGACUUUUGGUUUUCAAGGUCUACUUUCAAGUGUUCAAACAACUUUAUUAUUCUAAAGUGUGAAACGUUUUCUCAAAAAGAUUAAACUGUGUCUCCCACUUUUUAGGAGUUAUAGGUUAUAAAGGCAACACCAGUUUUAGGUUAACCUUUGGCACAGAAGCUUUGCUUCUUUGUGUCUUUGGCAAGACAUAACUUUUAUUUCAGAAUGUCAAAUUUGGAUUUUUUUUUUUUUUCAAAAAUGUUGCCUGCAUGGUCUACCUUUGAAAUGAAAUGAAGGCAAAAGAUGUUCGUGGUUAAGAGAAGAAGGAAACAGGAAGAGUUUCUCAGGCAUUUUGUGAAGCAAAAUUAUUGAGGGAUUUCAAACAAAUAAGUGUGGAUUUAAUUUUAAUUUUUUUUUGCCAGGUCAGUACUAAUGGCCUGUUUCAUUGUUGAUUCUUGCCUAAGAAGCCAUUCAAUUUCCAGCACAUAUCCCCAGAAAUUAAAAAAAAAAAGGAAAAUGUUUCAGAACCCUGCUGAUUCAUACAGUAAUUUUGUUUAAAGCACAUAGUAGUUGCAUAAAUAUAAAUAUAUAUAUAUAUAAAUAUAUUUUUGUUUAUAGCUAACACAAGGCAGGCUCUUGUGACUGUUAAGACUGCAUUUUGUCAUCUGGACAAAGAAAAUGGAUUGCAUUAUUGCUUAAUUCCAUUGAGUUGUAAAAUAAUCCUUAAUAUUAGAAUAUUUUUAUGUCCCAUGGAGAAAGUGGUUCAUUCAGUUGCAGUGCCAUAUUUUUUCCUGCCUAUAUGAGCCACUCUUCCACUCACAUCAACCCUUUCCUUCCCAAAUUAGGUUAAGAAAACAUUAAAAGCUCCUUAAGUGGGGUCACCAGUUAUGCUGGCCUGGUUGGACUAACCACAAUCCAGAUUGUGAACAUCCCCACUAGAAAAGAAAUUUUAAACAUUCUUUGAGGAGGAAAAGGGUUAAUAUACACUGAACUUCUAAAGUUGAAAUUUAAAUACUGUGUGUAUAAUUCCAUUGCCAUCUUGACUUAUGAACCCUUUAUAUUCUGUACAAAGUGAUUCCUGUUAAGGUACGGUGUUCAACAUUUGCAGGUUCAGGUCUCAAGUAGCACGCAUAUAUAUAUAUAUAUAUAUAUUGUAAGUAGCACCUUACUAACAUUUUAGAAUGUAUAGAGAAUGUCUGAAUUCAGUGACUUUAAUCCACUAAUAAAUGAUGAUUCUCUUUAAUAACUGUCUUCAUGAAGUAAACCAGUACUGUUUUUUGUAUAGCACAGUUUGCUUUGUUUUUUAAAGUUAUCCAACAUGGCAUUUAACCUUUUUUUUUCCAUAAGUUAUGUAACAGUCUUCUUAAAGAAUUGAGAAGCAAGUUAAAAUGAAAGUUAAUAUGACCAUUUUACAGCCAUAUGCCUUCUCAUUUUAUACGAACUGUUCCAACACAUGCCUUGGGGGUAGAUAUAGUUAUGUAGCAAUAACCAAAUGACUUGCCAUUUAACUGGUGCAACUGGUACACUAAGAAUAUUUAAUUAUCAUGUAGACAACCUCCUUCUGGGAUGAGAUGCUGUGCUCUGGUUGGUUUUUUACAGUAAAAUUUGUCUUCCAAUGGCAGUAAUUGACAAAUAAUUCUGUUAUGCCUGUAUACGUAUGAUUUCCUGUAUGUUAGUGGAAGAAAUAGAAGAUACCAUCCUUUGGCUGCAUUGUGAGAAUUGAUAAUUCUAUGAAAAAUGUUCACAACUGUAAUCUGAAUUACUCAGUUUGACUAAAUAUGAAAUAUUCAAGACAACCUUAGAUUACAGACACAUCAGAGUUUGAAGGAGGCUAUGGGGAAGAAUUCCUCUCAGGUCAGAUUGAAGAUUUCUUAUGUCAACCUUACCUGACAUCUUUCCUUUUUCAUGCAAUUUGCUUUCUAUUCUGUAUCCCUACACUGUACUUAGAUUCCCCUAUACAACCAAGGGAAAUUCUCUAAUGUUUUAGAAUAUUAAAUGAAAAUUGGACUUCCUAUCUAGACAGUGUAACUGUUUAAAUAAUAUGAAUUAAUAAUUUGAUAUGUAUUUUGACAUACAUAUCUAAUAGCCAUGCAAAUUACAGUGGAUUAAAAGAAAAGAACAUCAAGAAAAAAAAUCACCAAUAAAGAAAAUUAAGUUGAAAUGUUACUUCACUAUACUGUACUACCAUAAGGUAUAGUAAGAGUUGAUGCUGUGGAUCUCAAACUAAGGGCUACUAAGACUGGCAUAUUACUUUGACCAUUGUCAUCAGGACUUUUCAAGUGGAAGUUGAGCAAUUGUUUCUGAAUUGCUAUAAAGCUGUAAGUUAAUUACCUAAUUCCUUUGGAAUUAGAUUCCUCCUAAGGAAUAUGAAGAACAUGACUUUUUUUGAUUAUUAAAAUAGAUAAAAAAGAUAAAUGUGGAUAAGAUGAAAAAUACUUAGAUAAAACUUUCUCAGCCCCUUUUUCAUUUGAAUCUGUGAAUUAUUACAAUUUAAGAUUUGUAAAAAUUUGUAGAUGUUCUGUAGAUGUUCUGAAUGGAAAUCAAACAGGACUAACUUCCAUAUUCCACAAAAUCUUUCAUUUACUUGCAAUAUUUUUAAAGAAAUAUUGACAUAAAAUACUGUACUAUUUCUAUAUAACCUAAGAUUUCUUCUUCAUUAUCCAAUCCAGUUCCCUCAUGUAUAACUGAAACAGAGAAGGCCCAGAAAAGAAAAAUAUUCUCCCAUCUUUAGCUACGGCCUAGAGGAAGGCAUAGAACCCAGGCAUUCUGAUGCCCAGUUCCAGUCAUUUUAAUUACAUUUCACCAUCUAGCAAUUCUGAAGUAGCUAAGCUCAAACCAAUUUCAUUAGGCAGGCAGACUAUUUGAUAAGAUAAUCAGGUAUUGCCUAAUGUAGUUUCUUAGCUUUUUUGAUCUCUUCAUUCUUGAAAAUGACUUUAAAAAAUUUCUUUAGGAAGUGAUGAUAAUCUGUCUUGAUAUUAGGCUCUUUAUUCACUCUCAAUUUUUUGCAUCAGUAGCUUAAGGAGAUAAAGAGUUUUUUUUUUUCUUUUUGUGCUUGUUCACUUUGACCUCUAUCCCAACCAUGCAUAUAUCAUGAAUAGGAAUUGCCAUUGGAUGGUGAACUAGACUCACAUUUUUUUUUUAAGUAGGAUAAUUAGUUGCAUUGCAUGUGGGAAAUUUCAAGGUAUUUUUAGUAACUUGAAGCUUUAAUUUGAAACAAAAAUCCAUCUAUUUUAAUAUUGAUAUUUUUAUGGUCAUGAUAUAUAUCUUAUAUACCUAUGAGUCAUGAAAUCCUUCCAUUUCCUGAAGGAGUCAUCUUAUGGAUCAUUCAAUGAGCAACAGUAGAAUUCAUGAUGGAUUCUGAUAGAAUGCAAUAUAUCUCUAAUGGAAAAUUCCAUGGGAAUGAGCAUAAAAGAUAAUGGAAAUAAGUAUGUCUAUAAAAGGAAGUGAGUCUGUCAAGUAAGGUGGAAGGUAAACAAUUAGACUCUCCUAUUGCUUCUAUUGUAUCUAUAACACGUGAGGAGUUGAUCUCUAUACAAAAAUACAGGGCAGGACAUGGACAGGAGCUACAAAGGAUAAAAAGGCAUGAAUCAAUUGUGAUCAACAGCUUUGGAGGAAAUGUCUAAGAGAUUUAUUUAACUCCCUAAGGAUUCUCUUAAAAAAAGGAGUAAUGGACAGCCUCCUAGCCUAGAAUAUGUGAGUAUUUAGUGAUGUGAGUAUUGAAAAUAGUGCUAUCUGGUGAAAUAAUUUGCUAUAAAACACUUUACUUUAAACUUCUCUGCCAGCAUGGUUUUACUUAGACAUCUAAUAAUAGUCUUCAAGGAAGAUAAUUCAAUAUAUUGGAAAAUUCCAAGGGAGUGAGCAUAAAAGAUAAUGGAAAUAUGUCAUGUCCAGAAAAGGAAGUGAGUCUAUUAAGUAAGGUGCAAGAAAAACAAUUAGACAGUCCAACUGCCUUUAUGAUAUCUAAGACAUAUGAUGUGUUAACUACUAUGCAAAAAUAUAUGACAGGACAAAGACAGGACCUACAAAGGUUAAAAGUGAUCAACAACUUUGGAGGAAAUACCCAACAGAUUUGUCUAACUACCUAAGAAUUCUCUAAAAAGGAAUAAUAGAGAGACUCCUUGCCUACAAUAUUUAAGCAUUUAGAGAUCUGAGUAUUAAAAAUAUCUGGCAAAAUAAUUUGCUUCAAAACAUUUCUUUAUACUUUUCUGAAGCAUAGCUUUACUUACACUUCUAAGAGUAGUCUUUGAGGGAAAUGAUGCAAGUUAUGCAGAGAUAAUUCUAAAAAUGAUUUGAUUGGACUUUCCAUUUGUAAAAUUCUUAUAUUAAACACUGUGAUAAGCUUAUUUUGGUAAAGAAACAAUUCUGUCGUGGAAAGAGCAAUGACUACGGAGUUUAUUUUCUAAAUCUCACUUGGUCACUGACUAAAUCUGUGAUUCAAGGCAUUACAUAGUUCUUGGAAACUUAGUUUCCUUAUCUAUACAGUGGAGACUAUAAAAAUCUUCCUACCUCAGUAGUUUGGGAUGCAGGAAAAAAGAGCAAAGAGUCUGGAGUUAGAGGGCACUGUUCAAAAUCUGCUUCUGAUGCUUACUACCUAUAUAACCUUUGGCAAAUUGCACAACCUAACUGGGCUUCCUUUUCCUUAGUGGUUGAUUGGAAGACUUUAAGGUCUCUUUCAAUUCUAUUCUUAUAAUGCUAGAGUUGUUAUGAAGCUCAAAUUGGAUAAGGCAACGUGAAAAUUUCCUGUGAAUAACAACGUGUAGCACAUAUAUGAGGAGAUGACAAUAUUUUUAUUCUCAUUAUAAAGAUUAUUCUCAUUGUUCUCCUUCAAUUUAAUUCUAUCUAUAAUUGUAAUUUGUGGCAACCAAGUGACUUCAAGCUUUCAUUGGGUUCUUUUCAAUGGUGCAAGUUAUUGGAUUAUAAUUACUUCUUGGUGCCCUAAUGAUGUCCAGUUUAUUAAAUGUUUUAUUCAGCUGUUACUGAAAAGAAUUCUAAAAAUCUAGUCUGCUCUGUACAAGUAGUUUAUUACUUUCCUUGUUUCUAAUCACAAUCCUUUGCCAGACUUUUAAAUUGUAUGCAACUUUUAAUUAUAAACAAUCUUCUUUGACCAAAUGUCAAACAUGUUAGAUUGUUGGUAUCAUGUAAAACAUCAAGCUCAAUUUUUUUCCAACUCUAAGCAACUUAUUGUUUAUUUUGCAACAUAAAUUUGGAUAUUUUUAUGAAAAAUAAAAUGUCAUAGAUUGGCUGUCAUUUCAUCUUUAUUUCCAUUGAUAGAAUAACCACAUUUUCUAUGUCAAUUUAAAUUGUAACUAGUGUAGCAUCAUGAGGUAUGGAACUGGCAGGAACUUUAAAGAUUAAAUACAACUACUUUAGUUUGAGACUAAGAAAACUGAGGUCACAGAAUGAAUAUUGAAUUCUUCCUUUAAUUCCAGUGACCUUUUUGUCAAUCUACCACACCUUUUCCUUUUAACUUGUAAUUUUUUUUUUCACAGUUGCCAGAGAAGUUUUAGAUAGCUGUUUAUUUGAAUCUUGGUCUUUUAAGAAAGAACAUUUUUCCUUUUUUUCCAUCAAUAUUCCUCUCAUGGCUUCUCAAAUUUUAUUAGCUUUAGGUUUCUUUAAAAAUUCCAGAAGUAAAGCAGUUUUGGUAGUUUUUAGGAAUGUGAAUUAUACUCUGAAGAUCAAUAAAAGAACUAGUAGCUAAAGAAUAAAACUUUUAGAUUCACAGGUACUCUCUCCCUGACUUUUGUUUAUGCUUUAACCCAGCCCCUUUAUUAGUAGAUUUUAUAGAGUCAAGUUAUUGGUGUUCAAGGUACCAUUGCAGCCAAUGCUGCCUUUCCAAAAUGGUGACUCAAAUUUUAACACUUUAUCUAUUAUAUGUCACUUUAUUAUUACUAUAUCCUCCCAUCCAAAAUGUAGGAUCCAAAAUGUAGGAUCCUACGUGACCUUUUCUUCACUUUCAGCUUUAGAAGGAAUGCCCUUCUGGCUUUUACUAUUACCUUUUUGAAAAGGUAUGAAGAUCUUCCUUUAGAAGUACUUUUCCAGUGCUUGAUUUAUCUUGUUAAAUCAGAGGAUGAAGUAGAUAAAGCCCUAUGGCAGUCUGUUGUUGCUGAUGUAAUGGCUGAGUCUAGACAUAAACACUUCUCAUCAUAUAGAUUUGCUCUCCUUGAUAGAGAUCUUAUUUUUACAUAUCCUUUCUCAUGGCCAAUUGUAUACUAUAUCCAUUUAAGAUUUCCUCAUUAUCCAUCAAUUGUUCCACUUGGUCUUUAGCCUCUGAUUUUGUAAUCUGUAUGAAAUUAAGAUUAGCCUUGUUGACUCUAGUUUGGCUUUAUUCAGCAGUAGAACAAAGGGUCAAAAAUCAUCGCAGACAGACCUGUCCCUCAAAAUGUUUCUUUAUAGUUUUUCUUCUUUUUUAAUGAAAGAAAUGCCCUGGGUUAAUUAUUCUGCAGAUAGAUAGAAUAGAUGGAGUUUACUGUAAUUUGACACUGACCUUUUCCAUAAAUGUUUUCAAUUGCCUUGAUCAUUUAAGCAAGAACACUGACCCUCAGAAUUAGAAUGCUUAAUGUAGACCAUUGUGUUAUUGAUACUUAUCUCAUUUGUGUACUAUACUAUCCAUGGUUUGGUUUGGUUUUUCCCCUACUCCAUUCAACAACUCUCUCUAUUCUUACUAUCAUUAAGUAUUAUGAUUAUCAACUAACAUGGGAAUGAAAGAAAAUCUAUUAAAUGUCAUGAUGGACUUUUGGAAAUUUUCUGAAAUAAAAAAAAUCAAUAUGUGAAAGGACAAAUAACUACCUACAUGAGAUUGUAACAUUACAUAACUCUACACAGAGACAUUUCAUUCUAUUAUCUUUCAACCUCAGCUGCCCCCCAAAAAAAAAAAAGAAAGAAAGAGAAAUUAUCUGAUUCUCAUUUAGAGACUUUACCUCUUUUCCCCAAAUAUCUAGAAUUAUUCAAUGGACUGUGGCUUUAAAAAAAUCAAUGGAGUAAUGCAUAAAAAAUUUCUGACUUUAAAAUGAUAUCUAUUCAUUUUUGCCAAUUUUGGCUUACAUAAAAAUACCUCAGUGAUCCCCACCAUUUCUUUUGAGCAGUGGUUUUUUUUAAAAAUGGUGUUUUCUUUUUAAUGACUGUACUUAUAACUAAUGAAUAAAUCAAGAAGCAUUUUUAAGUGCCUACUAUGUGUCAUGUACUGUGCAAUAUGUUAAGAAUGCAAAACAAUAGCUUUCCAUGAUUGAAGUGUCAAUAAAGAAUUAUGCAGCCCAUAUUUAUAAUAGUAUUUUAUAUUUCUAUAGGAUUUGGAGGUCUGCAAAGUGCUUUUUAUGGCUCUUUUGAUCCCCACAAUCCAAUGAAGUAGGUGCUAUCAUUAUUCCCAUUCUCCAGAUGAGAAAAUAAAAGUUCCAAAUAAACACAAAAAGAAAAUUUAGUAGUGAGAUCUAAGGUCUUUCUGACUCAAAUUCUAACACUUUAUCUAUUAUAUGAUAGAUAUUAAUUUAUUACUGUAUUAAUAUUUCAGCUAAAUUACCUCCUAUCCAGUCCAUUAAGUUCCAUUAUAAACCCUAUAUCAUUGCCCCUUCUAUGUGAGGGAAGGGAAAUGUAAGUGAGUAAAAGGGUCUUAAUAAUAAUUGACAAAGCUCCUAAAGCCCUAUCCAUUAGUCUUCCCAACUUCAGUGCAAUGGGCAAAGGGGCAGCUGGAACCACGUUAAAGUCUGGGAAAUUUAGGAGAAGCUGAAGCAUAAAUUGUGUGGACAGAAGAUAUCAGUCUAUCCAUGUCUCCACAAAAUAAGAGAGUAGCCAGAGGGAUUGGCCUCCAGCAUGGGCCCCAUAUAGAUGAUUCCCCAAGUCUGCCAAACUAUGUAAUUAAAUUUGUUUGAGUCUGAUGGCUAACCAAGAAUGGAUUCCCUCUCUAUUGCUGCUUAUUAUUUAAUAAGGACAGAUUUUUUUCUUUCAUUUCACGUCACAGGAAAGUGUAAGCCAGAAAGAAUUUUCCUGAAGGGAGAGAUGCUACUCUGGGGAGUGAAACUCUGGGAAGGACUCACAUAUUUUAUAGGCUUUGAUUUGCUUCAGAAAUGUCUUUGUGGGGAUCACAUAGUAUAUAGUGCAGCAAUCUUUACAUAGAGAAUGAUAGGGGAAAAUCCAAUUUAAUAUAUUUUGAGCUCAAAAUCAAGUCUUCUCAGGUACUUUCAUUUGACAGCAUUGAAAAUGACAAAAGGGGAAAUUAGGUCUUCCUUGCUAAAAGGCAUUCCCAUCAAUUAAGGGAGUAUAAUGGAAUCUCUUCUAACAGUCAUUUUGUGUAUACUGGAACAUGUGUACAAGGGGCCUGGUUAAAGAGAGAGAAGUUUUUUCACUGACUUCUAAGAGGGAAAAACAGAGCACACUCUCUCUCACUUGUCUGAAUUGAGGGGAGUACUUGGCUGGCACCUUGGAAAACUACUAUUUUCAAGGCAAAAGAGAGAAGGGGAAAAAAAGACAGACUUUCUAGUUUGCCAAUUGGAAUGAUGGGAAAAUUUACUGCCAGGAAUUUACAACUGUUUCUGGUAAUUCUGUCUGUAGGCAUUUGAAUAUUAAGUGCAAAGGAAUAAAACUCCAACACUCCACAGGCUGCCUGUCCUUGCAUAUCAGUUAUCCUGGGGUAGAAUAUAUUCCUACUGUAUUUCUAAGUAUAAGUGCUACUUUUGUCUGGAUCAGAAAGUCAGUUGGUCACCUAAUGUUCAACAAAGUACCUAUGGGCCAAACACAACAAUAAACUCACUACAUGGCUUCUAAAAGAGAAUAGGACGGGGGAGGAAAUCUGAGUCAAAAGUUUAUCAAAAUGAAGAAACCCAGAGAGGGAAUGAUGGAAACACGUCCAUCAAGUUUUUCACUGUUUCCAUAGGCACUGUGUCUCAUCUCAAGGACCUUGUCUUUCAGGGGAAUGUAGGGUUUCAAAACUUUCUAGAACAAAACUUGCAGAAAUGAACAAUUUGAACUUGUACCAGUACUUUGGACACCAUUCCCAUUUUCCCUGUCCUGGAAAUGGAAAUGUUUCAUUCUAGGGUUACAUUCUUCAGUAACAGAUAUAAUUGUUGAUUUUUGCUAUUCUUGAAUUACCUGAACCUGCAAAUGUAAAAUCAUUGUGUCUGAAUUUGCACUAAUGAUGUUUGAUUGCAAAAGAGGUGUGACAUACAGGACCCCUCUGCUUAAAUACAAGAAUAUAUGCAGAUAUCACAUUUUUUCUAUAAACUCCUGAUUGUUUUUAACUAUAAGAUUUCAUGAAUUUAAGUUUGAAUGUAUUCCAUUACAAGAUAUUGACUUGCCACUUUUUCCCCCCUGGGAAUUUCCAUAUUGUUGCAAUAAUUCAUUAUAUUCUUUCCCCAUACAGCUUUUUGGAACUGACUUUCUUUGCAUUUUUAAUUUUGGUUAUACUGGCAGUAUGUUGAGAAUCAUUUCUUGGUAGCAAAUAUAUAAGAAAGCCAGCAUAUUGAUUGGGAAGGAGGCAGAAUUCAUAUUCAGAGGCCUGGAAACUAGUGAUGAUCAAAUAUUUCUCUUAUCUUCUUUGUUGAUUGCUAUUUUCACAAUUAAUUUCAUUCUUCACUUACAGCUGAUGUCAGCAAAUUUGGGAUUUUAGAAGGGGAGAAGGGAGCAAUUUCUGUAACACUACUGUCAAGUUUGACUACAUAUUAAACAAUAAAAGUGGUUUUGUUUUAAUUUUUUAAACACCUUUAGCCAUGUCUGUCAGAGCUUUUAUUUAGGAAUAAAAUAACUGACAUUUAUACAGCACUUGAAUGAUUGCAAAAUAUCACCAAAUACCAUCUACUAUAUCAUUUUUAUCAUCUAAUUUUUACCUUAAGUCAGUCUAGUUAAAUCACACCAUCAUUAAAUCUAGACUGUAAGAAACCCAUGCAACAUCAGGCAGUGAACAGUAAGCUUUGGAGGAAGAAGCACUGGAUUCAAAUCUCAGCCACUUACAAAUUGUGCAAAACAUUUUACCUCUAUUUGCUUCACUUACCUCAACUGUAAAAUGGGGAAAAUAAAAGUACCUAUCUUAGAAAGUCAUCGUGAUGAUCAAGUGAUAUAAUAUUUAAAAUAUGCUUAUUUCUUGGCACAUCCUAAGUGCUACAAAUGUGCAGUAUUGUUGUUCUUAUGAAUCUACUCCCUCAUUUUACACUUGAGGAAACAGAAGCCCAGGAAUGUUAAAUAAUUUGCCUAAGAUCAUUGAGGUAGCCAACAUUAGAAAUAGAUUUUGAAUCCAAAUCACUUGGCUGUAAAAUAAAUGCUCAUUCCACCAUAUUAAAAUGCUUCCAUUAUUCUAAACCAUUUAUAGGUGUCAAAAUUGAAGGGGAGAAAGGUUAAAUGACUUGCCAAGGACUCCUAAGAUAAAUAGUGUUAGAAAUGAGAUUUCAAACCAAGUCUACCUGAUCACAAGUUAAGUACUCUUGUCUCUCCACUUUGAUGUGUUUAUUUAGAAAAACAAUCAUCUCAUCAUUGCUCCUCUGAAGAAGUCACUGCUUUUCAAACUAUUUAUGUGCCUUUGUAUACUUGUUCUUUUCUUAAACAAUCAUUCCGUAUCUUUCAGAGAACAAUCCUAGUUAAAUAGGAAUUACUUGCUAGCACUAAGGGUCAAGUGAACAUGGAAUGGCAGAAGCUACAGCCAAAGAAUAAGACACAACACUACACAGUGAAUUGAGAUGCAAUUUGUUUUCAAUUGACAUCUCCCUUGCUCAAAUUCAGUUUGAUGGUGAUUUUUUUUUUUUAAUUUUUGAGCUCAAAAGGAACAACAAACUUUAUAGGGAGUUGUUUGUAAGUUUUUUUCUAUUGAUAUUUGUGUGACAAUGUUCUAAGGAAGUUCAAACCAUCAGAUUGUCUAACUUGAGCUGUUUGGUUGAAAAGACAGAGAUCAAUUAACAGCUCUCUAUGGCCCCUCCACACUUCUAUCCCUUUUAAUAAAAAAUAAGGAUUAUAAGAGUUUACCUCACAAGAUGUUUUGAAAGCACCAAUAUGCUAAUAUCUCUAUACUGUGUAAAUCCCUCAGGAAACCAGUUGUUUUGGAUUCCAAUUGUUCUUCCUCCUUGUAAAAUCCAUCACCACUUCAAUGCUACUCCACACAUGCACACACACAUGUACACACUACAUACACAAAUGGCAAAAAUAAAUAAAUGGCAAUUUUUGAGUGUAGAACAUGAAACUCUUUGGAAUACCAGUCAACUAACCAAGUACAUUUAUUUAGUGUUCUGGGCAAUCUGAUUUUGAUCUUUUAUCUUAACUAUCAGUUGUUUGCAAUGUACCAAUUUACCUUGAUUUUUCACAAUAAAUCAUAGUGACUGUUUUUAA